AUGGUCCGCGUCGAUGUUCUCAAGGCUUCUGCCUCUUUCCUAUGUAUCGCAGGCGGGAACGCUGCUGCCAUCAAGAGGCAAGACGUCAUGGCCACAGGCACAAGCCUCGCCAAAUGCCCAGUGAAGAUGGCGGACUACGACACGAAGUACCGCAUCUGUCCCGACACAGACUUCGUAGGCACCAGCAACCAGAUUAUCGACGGGGUAGCCGACGUGGAUGCUUGCGCCAAGAAGUGUGCGCAGACGGACGGCUGCGAGAAGGCCGUCUUCGAUACCAAGGGGAAGGUCUGCCACGUCAAGGACACCUACAAUGAGGCCACUCUGCUCUGGAAGGUGAACGACCAAUUCACGACCAUCCAAGUCGAGGCAACCAUCGACGUCGCCAAGCAGGGCAGCUGGACCGACAUUAUCAGACUGCCCGUGAUUCCCGUCACCGCCUAUAUCGUACCCGAAUUCCCCGAGGCCUCUCGCAUGUUGGUCUUUUCCAGCUGGGGCGACACCACCUUCGGUGGCGAGUCUGGCUACACGCAGUUCGCCGACUACAACUUCAAGACCGGCGCCACGUCGGCGCUGACCGUGACGAACACGCACCACGACAUGUUCUGUCCGGGCAUCAGUUCGCUGGAGGACGGCCGCAUCCUCAUCACCGGCGGCUCCGACGCCGACAAGACGAGCUUCUACAACCCCGCCACCAACGCAUUCACCGAGGGUCCCGUCAUGGAGAUUGCCCGCGGCUACCAAUCUCAGACCACCCUGUCCAACGGCAACGUCUUCACCAUCGGUGGAUCAUAUUCGGGCGGCCGGGGUGGCAAGAACGGAGAAGUGUACGAUCCUGCCACUGACGCCUGGACCCUGCUCGACGACGCCUUGGUCGAGCCCAUGCUGACUACCGACCACGAACGCAUCUGGCGAGAGGACAACCACGGCUGGCUGUACGGCUGGUCCAACGAAUCGGUGUUCCAGGCCGGGCCCAGCAAGACGCAGCACUGGUAUGGCACGACGGGCGACGGGUCCGUCAAAGAGGCCGGAGUCCGCGACACAGUAGAUGCCAUGUGUGCCAGCAACGUCAUGUACGACGCCCUGAACGGCAAGAUUUUCAGCGCUGGCGACGCCCAGGACUACGACAAGAGCGCGGCCUACACCAGCGCCCACAUUACCACGAUCGGCGAGCCGGGCACCGCAUCCAAGGUCGAGCGCGUCGCCGACAUGUCGUACCCGCGCGGCUUCAGCAACGCGGUCGUGCUGCCCGACGGAACCAUCCUCAUCACGGGCGGCCAGCGCAAGUCGCUCGUCUUCACCGACACGGACGGCAUCCUGACGCCCGAGCUGUUAGACCCGCAGACCAAGCGGUGGACGAAGAUGGCGCCCGAGGCCGUGGCGCGCAACUAUCACUCCGAGUCCCUGUUGCUUCCCGACGGCACGGUUUGGAGCGGCGGCGGUGGCAUGUGCUACGUCAGCACGCCCGGCGCGUCGGACUCCGGCUGUGAUACGUCGGUCAACCACGCCGACGGCCAGAUCUUCUCUCCGCCGUACCUGUUCAACGCCGACGGCUCCGCAGCGCGCAGGCCCGUGAUCACGUCGCUCGCCGAGACGGCCGUGCCCGUUGGCGGCACGCUGACGGUCAACGUCGAGGGCAACCCGUGCGUCAGCUUCGCGCUGGUCCGCAUCGGCACUGCCACGCACCCGAUAAACACCGAUCAGCGCCGCAUCCCGCUGACGGGCCACAAGCGGGCUGGCGGGAGCACGUACGAUAUUGCGCUGCCUGAGGACAGCGGCAAGCUGCUGCCGGGCCACUACUAUGUCUUUGCUCUGAACAAAAGGGGUACGCCUAGCAUGGCUAAGACGGUGCGGAUCACGCUCUGA